AGUAGCGGCAGCAGAGUCUGUUAGCUUCGUGCUAACUGCAGCGACCCAGAGGCAUGUCUACGGCCUCCAAGGUGGUUCUGACGGUUUCUGUGGUUCUGACUGUCAGCGCGGUGGCCGGGGUCCACCUCAAGCAGGCCUGGGACCGGGAGCGUCUGCGUGAGGGCGUCCUGCGGGAUCUGGACCGGCUGCAGAGGAAGCAGCAGAACCUGCUGGAGGAGCAGAAGGUUCUGACCGGACAGCAGCAGGAGGAGAGGCGGGGCCAGGAGGCCAGGCUCCGCCCACAGGACACCUGA